AAAGAAAACCAAUAAAAAAAAGAAAAAAUGGAUAAAAUAUAUCACUUUAAAGGAAACUCUGCAUAAUAAUCUCAUUUAAUACAUUUAAAUUAAGAUCAAGUUGGCUUUUAUUCAGAAGAAGAAGUAGAAUCUCCUGUUUUAAGAUAAUAGCCAUAAGUAGGAAAAAGGAACACAUUUUAACAAAAACCAAUUGAAUAAAAAGUUAUCUAAUUCUAACCACAGAAUUAGCAAUAAUUUAAACCAGAAACAAGACAAAAAGGAAUAACAGUAAUAGAAUCUGAUAUAAACUAAAGAAAAAUAGCUUAAUAAAGAGAUAAACAAAAAGAAUUAGAUAAUCAUCCUUAUAGACAUUUGAUUUUUUCCGAAUAAAUAAAUGAUGAAACUUUUAAAAAGCACCUUUAAUUAACCUAUAGGGGAUUAGUUUAUGCUAAAAAAUGCUUAAAAGGACCCUCUGAUAAAUUCAUAUAAACUAAAAUGGUAACAGUAAAAGACGCAAAAGUUCCAAAAGGAAGAACUCUCUUACUUGAUUUAGACGAGACACUAAUACAUAGUUGUGGUUUGAGAGAAAAUCCUGAUCAUGUAAUAAAUGCAUAUGAAAACGGAUAAAGUAGUUAUUAAAUUGGAUUCAGAGUAAGACCUUAUUGUAAAGAAUUUUUAGAAACAAUGGUUUAAUAUUGGGAUAUUUAUGUUUUUACAGCUUCAUCUCCUUCUUAUGCUUCGGCUAUUGUCAAGUUUUUGGAUUCUGAAGGAAAAUAUAUUAAUGGAAUUUUGAAUAGAAGUAAUUGUAUGGAAACUAAAAAUGGGUUUUUUAUUAAAGACCUAAGAAUUCUUAAAGGUAAAGAUCUUAAAAAAAUGGUCAUUGUAGAUAAUUUGGCUCAUUCUUUUGGAUUUUAAAUUGAAAAUGGAAUACCUAUUUUAGAGUGGUUUUAGGAUAAAAAAGAUACAGAAUUAAAAUGCUUAAUGAAUUAUUUAAUUGAAGCAUCAUAAGCAAAUGAUGUGAGAUAAUUUAAUACUGAAAGACUUUAAUUAUCUUAAUUAGCUGAAUAUAAUUUUGAAUAAUUAUGA